CGAUUCACCGGCGCAGCGACUGACGUACGUUGCGUCGUGCGUCAGACCGUGCUAAUCGAGUUGCUGCUGCGGUCCGUUAGCUGAACACACCGGGACCCGACUUCAAGCCUCAAAAGAUGUUUCUGGCUGCGGCUGUUCGCUCCGCAGCGUCCCAGGCGGCCAGGCAGGUCAGGAGUCUGCAUCGGUCUGCUGUCCGUGCUGGAGCUGGUGGCAUCUUUGUGCACAGAGACACCCCAGACAACAACCCGGAUACUCCGUUUGAGUUCACCGAGGAGAACAAGAAGAGGAUUGAGGCGAUCAUUUCGAUGUACCCUGAAGGACACAAGCAAGCAGCGACCAUCCCAGUGUUGGACGUAGCCCAGAGGCAGCAUGGAUGGCUCCCCAUCUCCGCCAUGAACAAGGUGGCCGAGGUGCUGGAAGUGGCUCCAAUGAGAGUGUACGAGGUAGCAACGUUCUACACGAUGUUCCUGCGUCAGCCCGUGGGAAAAUACUUCAUCCAGAUCUGCACGACGACACCCUGCAUGCUCUGCAACUCAGACAGCAUCCUGGAGGCCAUCCAGAACAAACUGGGUAUCAAGGUUGGAGAGACGACCGCCGAUAAGAUGUUCACGCUGAUAGAGGUGGAAUGUCUGGGCGCCUGUGUGAACGCUCCCAUGGUCCAGAUCAACGACAACUACUAUGAGGACCUCACACCGAAGGAUAUCGAGGACAUUAUUGAUGAACUUAAAGCCGGCAGAGUCCCGCCACCAGGCCCCAGGGGCGGUCGUUUCUCCUGUGAGCCGGCGGGGGGACUGACUUCUCUGACAGAGCCUCCUAAAGGACCAGGGUUUGGUGUAAGAUCAGACCUGUAGACGUUUUAGGAGCUGCUGAAGCUGUUUAACUUGAACAUAUUGUGUAAAUAAACUGUUCAUGUACAUGUUC